CUUCGACGGCCGGUAACAGUGCCUGCUGGGAUCCGGCCCCAGUCCAUCUACGAUGCCAUCAAAGAGGUGAACCUGGCGGCCACCACAGACAAGCGGACAUCCUUCUACCUGCCACUCGAUGCCAUCAAGCAACUACACAUCAGCAGCACCACCACAGUCAGUGAGGUCAUCCAAGGGCUGCUCAGGAAGUUCAUGGUUGUGGACAAUCCCCAGAAGUUUGCGCUUUUUAAGCGGAUACACAAGGAUGGACAAGUACUAUUCCAGAAACUCUCCAUUGCUGACUGCCCCCUCUACCUGCGCCUACUCGCUGGGCCUGACACCGAUGUCCUCAGCUUUGUGCUAAAGGAGAAUGAAACUGGAGAGGUGGAGUGGGAUGCCUUCUCCAUCCCUGAGCUCCAGAACUUCCUAACGAUCCUGGAAAAAGAAGAGCAGGACAAAAUUCAACAAGUGCAGAAGAAGUACAACAAGUUUAGACAGAAACUGGAGGAGGCCUUACGAGAAUCCCAGGGCAAACCUGGGUAACCGGUCUCGCUUCCUCUCCUCCCAGUGCCCUCAGAUCUAUUUUUAUUAAUUAUUAUUUUGCAACAGACACUUUUUCUCAGGACACCUCUGGUGGGUGUAUUUGUGCCUGCCCAGCAGUUCAUAUGUGGCACAAAGUCUCUUCCAUGGACAAGUGUUUGUGUGGGGGCCGAUUCCUGCCCACCCUUCACGCCAUGCCCAUCAGCAGGCUCUGUGGGUGAUCAGAACUCAUGUGAGAUGAACAGUACCAUCCUCUCUCAAUCUGCAAGCCUUCCACAAACCAGAUAGUUGUGUCUUUGGUCACCAAACUGGAACAUAUCAUACCAGCCAGCAAAAGGAAAGCAAAAGGUUUUAGAGCUAUAUGUUCCCCUGGCUUUGGUUCUUCAAUUUCUCUUAUUUGAAACCGAUAGUACCUUUAUUUAUGAGUCAAACAUUGUAGCAUAUUUCUUUAGUAGGUCUGAGCUAAGACCUGAAAGCAGGAUAAUGCUCACAAAAGGAUUGCCCUAAGGUGCCCACUGUUCAUUCUUAAGGCAAGUUCAUGCAGUUAUGGGCCCCAGAUGCUCCAGGUAAGGAGAACCAAAGCUGAAAUCAGCUCAGAAAUUUCCACAGAAGUUGCAGCAGGCACUGGCCCUGGCCCUCAUCAUCUGAGACUGCACAUGUAAACCCAAAGGCAUGUAUCUGCAUAUGUGUACCAACAGUUGUUUGUUUUGAGUUACAAAGUUGAAUAUUGUCAUCAUCCUCACGUGUUUCCACCAAAGGGAAACCAGCCAUUAACCAUUCUCAAAGUCUCCUGCUGAGUCAGGAAAUCAGGCAAGAGAAAACCAAAAAGCAUUGUAGAGAAACCUAUCUUUAGCCUUCCCCCAGUUAGAGUAGAGGGCCUGGGCUGCUUUGGUUCUCUGCUCUUGGCCUCCAGCACUGCCUCCCUUCUCCUACCAAGAUGCUGGGAUCUCCAGGAGCUUCCCAAGGAGUGGCCUUGAUUACAGAGGGGGAUCCUGCAACUAGGCCAGCUUGGAGUCCUUUCUGUUUUGAAGAACGGCCUGCCCGAGACACUGCACUCAACAAACCCAUGGGCCUGGCCUCCCCAUUGACCUCAGUGCCUUUUUGUUUUCAGAGAAAGAGGGAGAGAGAAAGAGCAGGGCAUAUUAGCUUGAAGCUCUGUUGCUGGCUUGUUACUGCCAGGAAGUGGACAACAGUGGUGUGGGAUACAAGGCCAGAGGAGCCCUCCCUCCACGUACGGGGUGAGGGUCACUCCUUCUACCCAUCCAGGUUCCUAGGCUUUGACUACUAAGAAGUAGUAUCAGACCACAUGGACAGGGAGAAUCAGAUUCCUGAAUCUGAACUUUUGUACUGGCUCCUUGUUUAGGUUCAAGUUUAAAAUAAAUUAGACAAUUCCAGCAAGUAGCUAGGACUGCAAAGACCUCUAAAGGAGAGGGAGAAGGACUUGUCUUUUUUCAAAGCAGGGCUGCUGUUCCAAUCCAGUUUCUAAGAGACCAUUUUUUUGCUGUCCUCUGCCUUCUCAGGUCCCUCUAGGGGACCUAGGGCCCAAGCUUGUUCAUGUAGCCUAAGACGUUCCCUCCCUGAUCCAGGCUGAGUCCACACUGCCCCUUAUCCCAGAGGAAUGCUGACCCCUUGUCAUACAAACUGUGUUGUCUUUAGAGCUGCAAAAGCAACACAAGCUAGCAACUCUAAAGGACUGUAUAAGACAGAAACUCCCAGGUUAUCUGCCAUCUCAUGCUCAGCCUUAUCACCUCCCUCCCUUAAGAACUCACUCUCCCUGCUGUGUCACAGGGAGCAGUUGAGUCACUUCCCUCAUUCUGCAUGUCUCUAAAAUCAGAGAAGGCAUGGCUCCUGCUGCAACCGCUGUGAAUGCUGCUGAGAACCUCCAUGGGGAUGGUUACUUUAUUUUUGAGAAGAAAGUCGUGUGUGUGUGUAUAUAUAUAUAUAUAGAGAGAGAGAGAGAGAGAGAGAGAGAAGCAUAUAGCUAUAUAUAAAGAGAAAAGGGUGUUUAUGAAAUAAGGAAAUGAUGGGAAAUUAAGACUUUGAAGCAGUUAGACCCUGGACCUAGAAUGAGGUUUGAGCCUCUGGAAAGUAUGUGUAGAGUUCCCCUCCCUCCCAGAGGUGGGUAUAACUGCUGUAGUGCCUUCUAUGGUUGUGUUGCUCAGUGUGUGUUUGUUUGUUUUGAGGAUAUUUUCUUUUUAAAUGUCUUUCUUAUAUGGGUUUUAAAAAGUAAUAAAAGCUUGUGGUAAAAAUGA